UGAGCCACCGCGCCCCAAUUUUAAAUAGGGUGGUCAGGGAAAGACUCACUGAGAGCAAAACCUGAAGGCAGUUAGGAGUAAGCCAUGUGGAUGUCUGCAGGCAUGUUCCAUGUACAGGGGGCGCAAGUGCAGGAACCCUGAGGCAGGGGCAUGUGGUAUGCAAGGGCUGCCCUGAGGGGAAGAGAGGAGAUGGGGUUAGGAACAGCCCAGGCUGAAUCUCCAAGGCCAAGUCUGAAGGGCUCUGAGCUUGCUGAAGAAGGGGGAACGACUGUCCAGAGACGGAGUGAGCCACCACCGUACUCUGUCCGGUCUGACUUCCCACUUUUGCCGAGAUCGAACCUUUCACCACCAUUCAUUAAGGUGUACCUCAGCCCUGACUAGGGCUCAAAGGGUGGGAGGACAGGGCUCGGAAAGGGGAGAGGCCUCAAUGGGAGGAGGGGGGACUCCUGGGAGGGGAGAGCAGCUUAGCUAAAGGCAUGCAGGCUCACGGCCAGCGAUGGGAACUGGAGGGAGAGCUGCAGAGGAAUUUGAGCUUAGUUAGGCUUAAAGGCACCUUUUGGGUACCUUUGCAGGCAGUCACUGGCUUCUGGGCCCAGCACCUCCUGGGCCGGACAACCCCACCGCCCGGACUCAGGCCGAGCCUGUGCGACGUGCGUGCCCGAGGGGCCGAGCAGCAGGUGCGCGGCUCCUGCAAACAGCCGCGGCCACGCCCACCGUGGCCCUCCCCGCCCCGCUGUUCCGGGGUAAUUGGCAGCGCCCCCAUCCCCACGCGGCCAGUGCCAAAAGCGCCCAAAGUGGUGAGAAGGGAGAAGCCCUGUCAAAUUCUUUGGGAUUUGCACCCCAAGCCCCUGACGCACCUCAUCCUCGUUUUUACCCUGGAGAAUUCAUUCCCGAGCAGAGAGGGACAAGGACCGAGGGGCGGGGGCUGGGGCAGGUCCCGCCCUUCCUUGGCAACUCCCCUACCUCGGCGUUGCGGCCUGCGCGGGGCCAAGUCCUUCCUCCCAGGACGCUCGGUGAAGGUGGGAGGCAGGGGCCACGUCACUGUCCCCAGGCCCUGGAGAGCGCUGCUCCGCCCCUCCCGCCCCCAACGGAGCGCUGGGCACUUAGCUAAGACGCACCGGCCCCAGCCCAGGGCCAGCCCAGUCGCCGCCGCCCGCCCACAAAGCCACAGGCAGGUGCAGGCGCAGCCGCGGCGCGAGUGUGUGGAGCCGAGCCGUUAG